AACGGCGUGUCGGUCACCCUGCAACUGGCCCGAACUUCGUGCGAAGCAAAUACUAUGACCUCUUAAAUUUUUCAUUUUUCAUUAAAUUAAAAGUACGCGGAACUAAUCCGCCAGACUUUGAAUAGAAAUAAAAAAUACCUUCAAAUUUAAACUGAUUAAGAUUUUACACACAUGAAGAAAUCUUCAGUUUCGGCCGAAAAUUUAUUCCGUAAAAUAAUAAUUAAUUUUUGUGUAUUAGGUGAAUCAGUUUCCAAAACACCUUAUUUAAAAUCUCGGUUACAGGUUCGAUCACAUUGGAAGACAUUGUAUCUAAAGCUUGGAAAAUUUUGUUUAACUUAAUUAAGAAAAAUACCAAAUAAAGUAAUUUUGUGAAUUAAUUCUCUGCCUGCUGCAGAGUUUACAGUUUAAGAAGUGUCUGAGUUUUGUUUGCAAUUGAAAGGUUGUCCGAUCGACGUCAAUGCAACGACAUGAUGAAGUAGUAGCCAAUGGCAUUUCUGAGCUCGUCACAGAUUAGCGAUGUGUGAUCAUUUUAUGAGUCAAUGUUCAGAUAAUUUGUGGCCUGUGAAUGUGUUCCGAAAUUUUCGAAUAAUAAAUAUGAACUAUUAAUUAAAUCCUACGUGAGAAUGUGGAAAUUCUUGGUCUUAUAAACAGUUCCACAAGAACCAUGGAACGAACUAGAACUAAUUAUAGGAUUGGCAGUGAUUUCAGUAUCUGUUUUGAAAUUUGGAAAUCCGGCUAAUGCUUUUAAUGAAAUGGACAUCAUUAUCCAUCAUGGACUGCAGUAUAAUGUAUGCGCUUAUGUACAAUACUGUUGUUACAAACGUUAUAUUAAUGUUCAAUGAACGUAACACACUACAAUUUACUUCGACGAAUUGUUGGACUUACUUAUAAAAGGAGUGUUUUUGUUUGGGACUCAAAAGUACACGUGAUAUAGUUCUUUAUUUAUUUAAAAUAUAUGAAAUUAUUGUGGUGUAAUCAUGUGUAAGUGUGUCAUUGGCUAUCAUCUCACUUGAAAUAUGACAGUGAACUCUAUGUUUGUGCUUAGGUAUAAAUAAACGCUGUGUUAUGAUUCUUCAAUUUACACUUCAAUGGUCUCCAUUCUUACAUGAAAUGUUACCAGAUUUGUGAAAGUGACAUUAUGUAAUGACAUAAUUGCGUUUGUGUUCAUUAUAAGAGAACUUUCUGAGUAUGUAGUUAAGACUGCAGAACAUUUCAGAGCUGUAAUACUAAAGCGAAGGAAGUGUUUUAUUUUGUGGUCAGAAACUCAGUAAUUUCCAGUAUUUCGCGGAACUGAUAACAUUGUCAGUCAGCACACCGGGAUCAUUUAUUCUCAUAUCAGAAUCAAUUUUAAUUAACAGAAUAUUACGGUGUCGUUUUUAUGACAGCCCUCAAUAUUUUAACAUUGUUUAUCUUCAAAGAUAAAUGUUUGGUUUUCAACUGAACCUAUUGUUAAUUCCAGUGAAAUCUAAUUAACUUUUAAUGCAUUGAUAUAAGUCUACGGGAAUAAUUAACAAGGCAGGGGAUUAGGGUUUUUCUUCAUUGUGGUUAGUUGUGUCUGUAAGUCAACCACAAGUGAUUCGAGAGCAUAAAGAACCGAUGUUGAAAUAUUUAUGUUUGAUGUAUUUUACGUAAGUGGUUACUCUUUGAAAUAUCUUACCGUGUAUACAUGAAAAAUGCUUGGCACAUCUUGAGAAAUUGAAAGUUAGUUAACUUUAAAACAGUAGCGUAUUUGAACAACUGCCUCGAGUGUCUAUAUACAUUUCAUCUGAUUUUACAGGGAUCGCAGGAAAAUGAAGCAAUUUUAUAUUUAUAAAUUUGCGUAUAUGAAAGACUGUGACACGUGUUAUGACCCAAUUCUCGUGAUCCUAAACAGAAGUUCAGAACGCGUAGCAACUUGAUUGUAAUAUGUUUUUCGCCUUUGAACUAUUGUGUCAUGUGUUCAGAAACUUUUCAUGUGGUUUUGAGCAGCUUUCGUGGAAAACAUAUAAUGUUGAGUUGUAUACAUUUGCAUGUUCAAACAGUUUCAUCAGAUGUUCUGAUACGUUUCGUGUCAUUUUGAAGAGUGUUCUGAACGCCCAUACUGUGAAACAGUCGAUUUAUACAUACAAGCGAAUGGUGUAGUGAAAACAGAAACGCCAUGGACCCCAGCUUCAAUGACAGUUAUAAGGAUAACUUCACUUUCAACUUUACCUGCAACAACGGACCAGGCGGUGUUGACACCUCCCCUUACUAUCAAGCAGCAGUGUACAUAAUGUACUGUUUCAUCUUCUUGUUUGCGUUGGCUGGCAACAGCCUUGUAUGCCACGUAGUGAAGUCCUGUCCCCAUAUGAGGACCGUCACUAAUUACUACAUUGUCAACCUUGCUGUGGGGGACAUUCUCAUGGCACUUUUCUGCGUGCCAUUUUCUUCUGUUUCCACUUUGCUGCUGCAGUACUGGCCCUUCGGAGCCGAAAUGUGUCAGAUCGUCAGCUAUUCCCAGGCUGUGUCAGUAUUUGUGAGUGCAUACACCUUAGUGGCCAUCAGUGUGGAUCGCUACAUGGCCAUCAUGUGGCCACUGAAACCCCGAAUUAGCAAGCGACAUGCCAAGCUGACUAUCGGAGUAGUAUGGAUCGUGGCGCUGGGGACAGCACUGCCCAUCCUGUUGCUCUCGAGCCUGAGCCAGCCGAAUCCUUGGUACGAAGAGUGCGGGAGGUUUGUGUGCGAGGAAAAGUGGGACAACGCUCAAUACCGCUACUGCUACACCAUGAUGCUAAUGUUGCUGCAGUACGUGGUACCACUGUUGGUGCUGGUCUUCACUUACACGAGGAUAGCCAUCGAGGUCUGGGGGAAGAAGACCCCAGGAGAGGCAGAGAACACGCGAGAUCAGCGCAUGGCCCGCAACAAGAGAAAGGUUUGUCAUAUCAGCACGUAA